GAGGUGUGGCCAGAAGUACCCAUUUCCGCUUAGAUCUUCACGUGGUUAGCUGUUGUUAUCGUUACCAGGACGCCGUGAGAGUUUGGGUUCUGAACUUGGGGAAUUCUGCGCGUCCGUGGGCGGAAGUCGCGUCCGGGCGAGCUGUGCGCAGCGCUCUCUGCGGUGCAGGGCGAGAUUCCUGGGUCGCGCCAAGUCAUUCAUAGCACAACCAAGCUGAGUUCUGCUAGUCAGCUCUACUCAGAGGCUCCACAUGCUCACUCGUAUCCUGCGGAAGUCCAAGACCUUGAGUAGACACCACAGAGGACAUGUCUACUGAUGUGAAUUUCUGCCAGAAGCCCCAGAGACUGGAAGCAGAGGAGCAGGAUGGGGCAUGUGCGAGAUUGGUAUCCUUUGAGGAUGUGACUAUGAACUUCAGCCAGGAAGAGUGGCAGUACCUGAACCCUGCCCAGAGACGCCUGUACCAGGACGUGAUGCUGGAGGUCUACAGUCACCUCUUGGCAGUGGGGUAUCCCAGGCCAAGGGCCAACUUCAAGAUGAAGAAAGUUGAUUUCUCACACCAGAGGUGUCUUUGUCAAGGGGAAUCACAGCGUGACGCAGCACAUCAAGUUUGGAAAGCUGCGUUUCCAAAUGAUGUGUCAAAAGAAAUCACUAAAUGUGAUUCAUACUGUUCCAUUAUAGAGGAACCGGGGCAAGAUGGUGACCCUACAAAAGCAGAUCAGCAAAACCAGGUCCCACUCCUCAACCCGAAAACACUGAGAAGUGACUAUAGUUGUGAGUGUGAAGGAACUGGGAGAUCCAUUCCUGUAGACCGCCUCCUCAUUUCUACCCAGAAGAGAUUUCCAAAAUGCUGCUCAGUAGAAAAAACUGUGCAGCCCAACUCUAACCCGCAAGCAAACAGUGAACACCAGAGCAGUUCCACAAAGCAACCUAAUGGCACUGUUGAACGCUGCCAGCUCUUCACACAAGACCCUUCUAAUGCUGUGUGCACAGUUCCUAACAGGGAAGAGAAAGCAUUUAAAGGUGAAGAGUUUGAAAAAAUUCUCAGCCCUAAGCAACCACUUCUGCAGCAUGAAAUUCUUUCUCAGGACCAGCCAGCUGAAUAUACCAAACACAUUGCUUUGUGUCAGGAGCAAAUCACCAGCGCUAUAGAGACACCUUUUAUUUGUCACAUGUGUGGAAAAUCCUUCCUUCAGAAGUCUCGGUUGAGUUCUCAUCCAGGGACAAAUGGAGGAGAGACGGCUGAAUGCCCUGACUGUGUGGAAUCACUGACAAGUCCUCCAUCCAGCCUGCGGCUGCAUCCCACAGUCCACACAAAGGAGAAGCCCUACAAGUGCCAUGUGUGUGGGAAGCCCUUCAGCUAUGCAUCUCACCUGAAGGUGCAUCUUCGAGUACACACAGGGGAGAGACCUUAUGCCUGUUCUGACUGUGGGAAGGCCUUCAGCCAGAAGUCAGUCCUCACCACACAUCAGAGAACUCACACUGGGGAGAAGCCUUACACGUGUAGCCACUGUGGGAAAAUGUUUGUUUAUGCGUCAGACCUGAAGAAGCAUAGUCGGUUUCACACAGGGGAGAAGCCCUAUGAAUGUCCUGACUGUGGGAAGUUGUUCAGCAAUAAAUCCCACCUGCCCGUGCAUCAUCGAAUUCACACUGGUGAGAGACCCUACAAAUGCUGUGACUGUGGGAGGUCGUUCAGAAGGAAAUGUCACCUUAAGAUACACAGCCGAGUACACACUGGUGAGAGACCGUACAUGUGCUCGGACUGUGGGAAGACCUUCAGCCACAGUUCAGUUCUCAGCACACAUCAGAGGAUUCACACUGGGGAGAGGCCUUACACGUGCGGUGACUGUGGGAAAGCCAUGUCGUCUAAAGCCCAACUGAAUGAGCACCAAAGAACCCACACGGGGGAGAAACCGUUUGUGUGUAUCGAAUGUGGGAAAGCGUUCAGUGGCAGGUCUUCUUUGCAGGUGCACCGUAGAACUCACAGCAGUGAGAAACCUUUCCUCUGUGACAGAUGUGGGAAAGGCUUUCUGCGCAAGUCACAGUUGUCAUCUCACCAACAAACUCACGCUGCUGAGAACCCUUAGUGCUGUAUGUGUGUGCAGUUUGCCUCAUACAUAUCAGCUGAAGGUGAACCAAGUUGAAAUGGAAGAAGAUGUUGCGGGUACUUGACUAGGAAAGUUUUCAACAACUGAAGGCUCGCCUGGUUCGUUCUGUGUGGAGAGACCUGAGGUGGGUUUUGAAUGCAGAAAGUCCUUCAGACACAAGUCAGGUUUCAGUAGACGCAGGGACUCCUACCUCACACUGUUCUUACUUACAGAUACUGUGAGCAUAUGGAAGGCUUUACCACAGUCAAUUCCUUGUCAAUAUUUUUUUAACUUUCCUUUUUUGGGGGUGGGGUUUCCAAGACAGGGUUUCUCUGUGGCUUUGGAGGCUGUCCUGUAACUCACUCUGUAGACUAGGCUGGCCUCAAACUCACAGAGAUCUGCCUGCCUCUGCCUCCCUAGUUCUGGGAUUAAAGGCAUGUUAACUUUUUAAUUUUUGUAGACAGUUUUUCUUUGAGACCAACAGCUCAUAAAGAAUGACACAGACUUAUCAUUAAUAUGGAAACUCAGCUGAUAGCUUAGUCUUGUUUCUAAUAAUUGGCUCUUAUAACUUAAAUCAACCCAUUUUUAUAAUUUGCUUUCUGCCUUGUGGCUUUUACCUCAUCUCAUAAUGUCUAUCCUGCUAGCUCUGCCUGCCCUUCCCAGCCGCCCCUGUGCCUGGAAAUCCUGUCUAGCUACUGGCCAUUCAGCUGUUCAUUAAACCAGUCACAGUGUAAAGGAAUAUUCCACAACAGUUUUGUGUCUCUCACAUCAUGCAUCUUGAUCCUGUUCAUUUCCUAUCCCUUUGUAUCCACCCUCUGCCCUUGCAACCACCCCCUACCCCAAAUAAAAUAAAAAGAAAGGAAAGCCAAUCUUGUCAUGGAAGCUGUAGUGCGACACAGUGAGUUGUGCAGUAAACCCUUUUGUCCAUGUAGUUUUACUUGAAAUCGUUCAUUGCAAGGAGUCCAGUGGUCAGGUUGGAGGCCUCUGGUUUCUGCUGCACUAUCAAUGCUGGCCCCUCACAGGGAUUCUUGGAUAUCCUGUUGCCCUGUGUCAUAGAGAUCUACAACUUUGGGUCUUAUCCAUGUUAUUAAAUAAAGAGACCUAAUUAUA